UGAGCUGUUCCGCCGCCCAGCCGGUUCAUAGCCACCCAUGCGUGGUAUUGGGGGAGGAAGACGAGAUGUACAAAUAGACGCCAUAGCUCGCUCGCAGAGCUGUUACUAGCUCUAGGGAUCAUCUGCAUUCGCUACAGUGGCAGUGUCUAGCCUUCCUUUCUAAUUGCCAAGUUGGACCAAAUUUUCUCCUACAGAAUGGCCGGGUUCAUAUUACAAGCCCUAUUGGGUGGUUUAACCCUUGGGCUCGGGGCUGCUAUCCCCAUCGACAACAUGCUGCAAACCCGUAGCUUUGCUGCUCAGGCCGGCUUGGCUAUUACGGAGAAUUUCCACACCCUCGCAAGAGUCCAGCGGCAGCCAGGCCUCUCACGGACGUUCGAUGUUCUUCGUCAGAACCGAAAGAAUAAGGCCAUUGCGAAUGACCUCGUCGAUGACCCAAAUGACCCAGAAGGCGUCGACACCCUGAGAGCCGAAUUACACCAGGUUGAAUAUAUCAUGAAAGUGGGCUUCGGUGCAGAGCAAUACUACAUGAUCCCAGACACAGGCAGCAGCGACACUUGGAUUAUCUCAGAUGGAUUUCAAUGUUUGGAUCCCUAUGAUGGACAGGAUGUACCGCAAGAAGAGUGUGCUUUCGGUCCAUUGUUCAAAGGGGAUUUCCCGGAUGGAAAAAUUGACAAUCAAAAUCUAAAUAUUUCAUAUUUGAGUGGCGACUACUUAAAUGGCCCUAUGGGAUUUGCAAACAUCACUGUGGCCAACGUCACCAUCCCCAAGCAGCAAUUUGCUCUUGUGAAUGUAGCUGCAUUUGGGGGCGAUGGCGUAUCGAGCGGUAUCCUUGGCCUUGGUCUAAGAGGACUCACAGCAGCCUUCACGGGCAACGACCCGCGCAACGACAGCAUAGACAAUCUCGUAAAUUACUCACCCCUUGUCGAGACCAUGGGCACGAGUAAGGUAGCGGAUCCUAUCUUGAGUUUCGCUAUGUCCCGUGACGAGAACCGGUCGUUUAUUGCUUUUGGUGGCGUUCCUCCUGUCAAGACGGGAGAGUACACCACGGUGCCGAUUCAACAGGCUACUACGACCUCUGGCAAGACAGAUUAUUUCUACUAUGACAUUGCGAUCGACUCCAUCUCCUGGAACAGUACUACGAUAAAUCAGACGGCGACUAACCUACCAUAUCAUUUAGUAGAUUCGGGCACGACGAUUAACUUACUCCCGGGUGUCGUGGCGGAAGCCAUAAAUAAUGCGUACACGCCACCUGGUCAGCAGGAGGACAGUAUGAUAUGGAGUGUAGAGUGUGAUGCCAUACCGCCGACUCUCGAUAUCGUGAUCGGUGGAAAGGCAAUCCGCACCCACCCAAGCAGCAUGAUACUACCCGAGACAGCGGCCGAAGGCUCUAAUCGCUGUUUGUCCGGCAUUGGAUCCGGCCAGACAGGUUCCUAUAUCCUUGGCGACACUUUUAUGCAAGAAAUUGUUGCCGUAUUCGACGUUUCGGAUAAGAAGGAGCUGAAGUUUGCUCAGAGGCUAGAUUAGGUUAGACAGGUCGUAGUUGAUGUAUCCAGCUAAGAAUUGAAUAUGUACCACCAUAGUUAACAAACUACCUAUUUAUUGUUUCGACUAUUUGUCAAAACUUAUAAUUGUCAUGAAAAAUAUGGUUUAUUACUCGUCUUACCAAAAAGGGGUAGCAUGUAGGAUGGCUCAAAAAAGAGCCAUGUCACCUCUCAUUCCCAUAUUAACACCUGGCGUGUAACGAGAAUUGGAGAACCCAGCAAGCAGAUAUCAACGAUACCGUUCACCUGUCCAUUUGCUCUGGUCCGUGUAUUCCCUACGCCCCUUUCAAGGAAACUCAUCUUCUCCAUAGUCUGAUUCGU